AUGACUGACAAUGGAAGCUGUUGUGAUCACGAGAAGAUUUUGUUCAAUAUUUUACAUCAGCUUAUUGAAGCUGAUGCACCAUCUCCAUCUUUAUUGUCCAUUUUAUUUCUCACACUGACAUGUUUAAUAACUGGUGAACGAAAAAAUAUUCUCAAUGGCUACCCUCAUCAUCCGUAUGCUCUUGGAGCCCUUCCCUACAUGCCACUAAAUCACCCCAUAAUGUCACCUCCAGUGUCAAUGACAAUGGCAAACCAUUUAACAAUGCGUCCUGAAGCACCGAUUAUGAAAGAACGCUCAAGUUCAGAAUCAGAUGUUUUAUCUCCAAAGUCCAGUGAUGAUCGAUCUGAAGGAGGUAUGAAGAUUACAGACAAAGUUUCACAUCACAUGGUUGAUAAAAACUAUCCUUCGUUAAGUCACAGCGAUUUGAGUCAUAAACCUCUCAAUCUUCAGAUUAAUGGCCAUGUGAGGGAUCUAUCGAAAACAGCCCCAAAACAAGAUUAUGAUGAUGACGAUGAUAAUGAUGACAAAGAUUCAGACGAUGAUAAAGACGAUGAGGACAGUGCUGAUACUAAUGAUUCCUUACCAAAUGGUGAUACAACAGAUAAAAUCCCAACAUCGAGUCAAAGUUUUGCCUCACAACUCCUCAAUGGAGAUACUCCGAGUAUAUCCUCAAUAGAAACCCUUUUACUCAAUAUUCAAGGACUCCUGAAAGUGGCUGCAGAGAAUGCUAGACACCAUGAACGGCAAAUCAACUUUGAAAAAGCUGAAUUAAAAAUGGAAUUGUUGAGAGAGCGUGACCUCCGUGAAAAUAUGGAAAAGCAGUUGUUAGACGAACAAAGGACUCGAGUGAUGUUACAGAAACGGUUGAAAAAAGAGAAAAAAACCCGCAGGAAAAUGCAGGAACAAAUGGAUAUGAUUGAGCAGAGAAAUAACAUGAUGAGUGGUGAACGGAUGUCAACGCCACCUGGUGAGAAUAUCAUCAACACCAACGAUUGCCACAGUCAGGAUAUGGAACGAGAAAGAAGUUAUAUGGAAGCUGCUGAAAGAAAGCUACAAGAUUCGCAAGAGAGAAAUCCCCAUCUGUACGAGACUUACAUGACUCAUGCAGGCAGCCCUGGUGCCACGCGUUUUGCUUACCAUCCUCUCGUUAAAAACGAUGUCCAAUGAAUACAAACGACAUUGUUUCACGGUGUAUUCUUGCUGACCAAAGUUCAGUAAAAAAAAAAAAAAAUAAUAAUGAUAAUGAUAAUGAUAAUGAUAUUAUAACUAAUAAUGAUGAUGAUAAUUAU